UUGUACGCAGGCUCUCGGCCCGCACGCCGCACCCCCUCCUCCGCGUUGAUCUCCCCGAUCCGGCCACCGCUCCCCCACCUCUCUCGCAUCUCACGCCAACGCCCACCGGCGUCCUCGUCCCUCCGUGCCGGCGAGCGGCGGGGAGGGAGCUUUCCACCUCGUCUCAGGCAGGCACCCUCUGGCGUCCUCCCUCCGUGUCGGCGAGCGGCGGAGAUCCGCCGUUCUGACCUCGUCUCCUUCCCUCUGCUGACUUGUGAACAAGGCAGCAGCAUAGUUCAGUUUAGAAACAUGUCAUCAAAGAAGAUAGAGUUGGAUCACAAGGACAUUGUCCAUGAUUCUGCCAUUGACUACUAUGGCAAGCGCCUUGCCACUGCUUCCUCAGACUCUACCGUGAAGAUCGUCAACAUUGGUGCAGCAAAUGCCCCAUCCCAGGUCCUUGCAACGCUUAGUGGCCACUGUGGUCCUGUGUGGCGUGUUGCUUGGGCCCAUCCAAAGUAUGGUGCUAUCCUUGCAUCCUGCAGUUAUGAUGGUCGUGUCAUUAUUUGGAAGGAGGAUGCACGGGGCAAUUGGUCUCAAGCCCAUGUGUUCAGUGACCAAAAGGCAUCUGUCAACUCCAUUGCUUGGGCUCCAUAUGAGGUUGGCCUGUGCCUUGCAUGUGCAUCUUCUGGUGGCAGAAUAUCCAUCUUGACGAUGCGAGCCGACGGGGGUUGGGAUACUUCAACCAUUGAGCGAGCACAUCCUGUUGGUGCGACUGCCAUAUCCUGGGCUCCUGCAACAGCUUCACUAGCUGGUGCAGGGGAGCUUGUUUACAAGCUCGUCUCAGGAGGGUUUGACUCUGUCGUUAAGGUCUGGGGAUUCAACGAUGGUAGCUGGAAGCUGGAGGGUGCUCUUAUCUCUGACAUGCACACGGAUUGUGUGAGGGAUGUCGCGUGGGCACCAGUUUUGGGAUUGGCCAAGUCUACCAUUGCCAGCGGUUCACAAGACGGGAAGGUUGUCAUCUGGACCAAGGCAAAGGAUGGAGACAAGUGGGAGGGAAAGCUCAUGCGUGACUUUGGUGCCCCUGUCUGGAGGGUGUCCUGGUCCUUGACUGGGAACAUAUUGUCCAUAGCCGCUGGUGAGAACAACAUAACCCUCUGGAAGGAAGGGUCAGAUGGGCAAUGGGAGGAGGUGAUGAAGGUUGAACCAUAGGUUGCUGGUCAAGGUUUCUGAGUUUCUUGUAGAUCCAUGUUCCGAUAAAGAUAAAGUUUGCCAUUGUGUUUUACUAGUGUCUCGAUAAAGACAAUUUGCCAGUGUGUUUUACUAGUGCUUCCUGCAGAUCAAUGUUUUGAUAAAGACAAAGUUUACCAUUGUGUUCUGAUAAACACUGAAUUCACUUAUUCUAGUACUUUCUGAUAAGCAAUUACUGUUGGAUGGACCCA